GGAGUGCCCUUCCCUGGGGGCUUCCUGCAAGCAUCGACGAUCGCCCCAGCUUGCCCCUCUCUCCACCCUGUCGUCCGCUGGUCCACCUGCGUCUCGUUUCUGUUCUUCCUCUCGACCAUCACGACACGACGAUGACGCGAGAUUGCCGGCCAACGCCCUCUCGGCGAUUAGUUGUUGACGGUCGGUUUGGCAGCGACCGGUUGAAUCCUUUACUUCGGCGCUCCACGUAGCCCAGUCUCAUGGUGCCAGUCAUUCAAAUCUGAAAAACUUCGAUCGCGAUCCGAACAUUGUGUCAGGCAUUCCCAAAAGAACUCAGAUCCUAGGAGACCACGACGGCGAAGCUCACGUCAGCGAAGCUCGGUGGGGCCAUUGGAGCAAGGGGUGACAUCCGUAUUUUUUCUCGUGCAGUGCAAUUUAGUGAAGCUUUUUUCUUGCCGGGGAACAUGUAACAAAAAGUACUUGCGGACUUGUUGCGAGGGUAGGAGGAGGGAAAGAAGGACAGAGAAGUGGGUAUUAAGGAGGGAGGGUGGGGUGCAGCAUUUGGAGGCAGAGACAUGAUGUGAAGGUGUAGAGAACCAGAGAGGGGAGGGAGGGUGGGGUGGCUGGGUGUAGAGGUUGGGAGGGGAGGAAGUCCGUCCGUAAGAGGAAGAGCAAAAGUGCGGCGGCUUCUGCUGGAGUUGGGAGAGGAUGGAUGCGAACGGGUUCUGCCUCUGCCGCGCAGCGAGCACUGUCGGAGUGUCUAGGGAGCAGACAGGCGCUAUCGUCGGGUCAACGUCAGGUACGGAUCCCAGCGAGGUCGUCGUCACUGUGCAAGGAGACGGCGUGGUAACGUACAACAGGAGAACUCAGGCGAGGACGCAGAGUUGGCCCCUUGGGAGUGGGAAUGUGCGGUUCUUACUGCCCGCAGCAUGUGACCAGAAGUCAGGGUAUUUCUAUGCAGUGGUGCAGGCAGCCAAAGGAGCAUCCUUGGAGAACUUUUUGCUGUCCUGGACAAGGAGUGGAAGUGAGAAGGAGGGAGUAGCAGGCACAUCGUUCUCGCUCUGGGGUGCCACCAAGAAAGUACCUCUCCCACAGAAAGAGUUGCAUUCGCUGCAUCCCUUUUCCGGGGUAACUGGGACGUCUUCCCAGUCUCCCAACGAAGCGAAAAGUGAGGGUCGAGAAGGGAAGAGUGGUGAUAGCCAAGCUGCGACCAGGCCAGGCACGGCUGUGAUCUUUCGCGAUGGAACAAUUGCAUUAUAUGGCUGUGAUGGAGAGGCCCUCUGCGACAGUGAUGCCCUCCCAGCUGCUUCUGGCAGGACGGUGGAGGCGGUCGCUAGUGUUCGGACGACAUCCGGGAAGGGUAAACUGGAAAGCCAGAAGGUGGCUGAAAUUUUGUGGCUUGCGGUGAUUACGACUGAGACUACAGUCAUGCCAAAUGAGGCAUCAGAGGCAGAUUCCUCAGCUAGAGUUGACAGUCUCAGAAAGAGAGUUACUCAGAGUGUGCUGAGGUUAUUUGCAGUUCGCAACCGCAUCAGCACAUCUGGUGAGGAUUUGGUGAUCAAUCAGUUGCACAGUAGUGUGCUACAACCACUGUCGAGGUCCAGCCUUGACGAUUCAGGAAGAUCAAUCACAAUUUUGACCGCUGGUUUCAACGAUGCAGAUACAUUGUCGGUAUUAUGGUCUGAUGGCACUUUUGAUGUGUUCCACGGCUUUUCCAAGGCCUGUUCCAGCAAGACUUUUAUGCGUAAGUCAUUUUCAAGGAAACUUGAGACUUUUGAUCUAGAGCAGCAGCAACAGAUACAUCCAUCAACCCCAGCCUCCUUGCAAAAAUCUUCGAAGAAGCGACGUGCAGCUGCUGUUGUUCAAGAGGAUGCACAAUUGCAAGGCAACUCUCCAUGCAUGGGGAUGGUUGCUGUUCCCAGGUCCCCUUAUGUGGUCUUUGUCGGGUUUCCAAAACAAACCUUGAGCACUGGGUCAGGAGCCCACAAUGCAGCAGCCGUGUCAUCUCCUCGGAAAGAUGGUGACCUUGCCAGGGGUCGUGAUGUCGUUGUAGUCGUCGUGGACACGUUGUAUGGAUGCGUUCAUGUAAAGGCUUUGGUCAUGGAGGCAAACGGAGGGGAAAAUACAGAGAAGGCAACUCAGGCUCGGGGCGGGGUGAUGGGAACCUUUCAUGGGAGAGCGAUGGAAAUUGGAUGGGUUGGGUGGGAAGAUGGUGUCGUGACCAUCAGUUCAAACCAGUUCGUCAUGGUGGUUGAGGUAGAUCUGCCGCCUUUCUCUCUGGCCAUGGUGGUUGGUGCAUUUGCGGAGAUGUCAAUGAGCAGUACGGGCACACUUAAAGGAGCCGGCGCUCGGUCGGCAAACCACAAUGAAGUGGAAUUUGCCAGCGAGAUUUCAUCAGCAAGACCCGCGGGGAUGUGGGAUGGACUUGCAACUGGUGUUGGGAGGGUGACAAGGGAAGUACUGGGAGAGAAGGGCGUUGAUGAGAUUGUGAAACCGAAACUGAAGGCUGUGCCGAACCCAGUCUGGAGGGAAGAGGAUAUGAAAUUAGCACAGAGAGAUGGGGGCGGUGAUACCAAGAGUGCGAGGAGGGGUGCCAGAGCCAAAAAGCACUCGGUUGAAGGAGGUGCUCCCGGGGGGGUUGUAACCCGUAGGAUAUCUGGUGCCCCAUGGGAUCUCGAAAAAGUGAGCUGCACUGAUGACGAAGAGAGAAACAUCAUAGGUGUUGUUCAAGAUGAGAGUGCAACACCUUCCAUGGACGUCUUGAUGGACAGGGUUUCUGGUUUCCUCAGUGCGGCUGAAUCCCUGGAAAUAGCUGAUUUGGACAAUGGUUCUGCUGCUGAAGGACUUAUGCUUGAAGGUAGAGAAGAGAGUGAUGCAAGGCUGACGUUGAGGGGGGAUUUAGAGUUGAGUUUAAUUGGGAACAGAGAUGCUGAAAUUGAGGAUGGUUAUGAUACAGAGAGUAGAAGAAAGUGGAAAAGAGCCCUGCGGAGGGGAAGGCGAAGGCUACUUGAAAUUUCUCCCAGCCUUGUGGAGGCCCUGGUGUUGCGCUCCAUCAAAUCCAAGUUUUGGCCGCUUCUGGGUGCAUUGAUUGAGAGUGGCCUCGUGAAUGGCCCGUCUGUGAGCUCAACAGUGCUUUCAAUCUUGAUAGAGUCAAAACAACCGAUUCUUAUGUCAAAGCUUGUUUUGCACACAAGCUCCCUUUCGCCUGCCAGCCUUGCACAGUUUAUCAAAGUGUGCUUGAGCGGUGGCAGUGGAGAAUCAAGGGGGUGGAAGAGCCUGGGGAAAGCUCACAGGGAGGCUGCUCGCGACUUCUUCUCGAAGGUUAUUUCCAAACGAGGAAAUGAUUCGGGAGAUGCUGACGAGGAGCUGGAAAAUGGCAUCACAGGUGCCGCUGUGCGACAUCACGUGAACAUUGCAAGAGCAGGAGCAGCUGUGAUGGCGGUUGACUUCUUUUCGUCCAGAGAACAGUGCUUGCACACUGCUCUCGCAUGUGAUAGAGACCGAACAAUAUUGACUGGUGCUUUGUCACGGCUGGAUGCAAAUGAGGUGGUGGCCUUGAUGAGGUACUUGGAAAGAUGGGCAUCUUUUUAUUCCAAGACAUUUAUGCAGUUGAUUCCCCCAAGGAGUAUUCCAGGUCUGCCAGUGCCAUCAAUGUCACAGGUUCUCAACUGGUGUGCAGUGUUGCUGGACUGCAAUUUUACGAGGCUUUCGAUGCUGCCGGAUUGCCACGAGGUGCUGGGAAGGUUGCGGGAAGUCUUGAUGCGCCACGCGAACUUUACGAGAAAAGUGGCGUCCCUUUCUGGGGUCUUAUCUCACCUAAGAAACAAGUGUUACCUCCCAACGAAAAGGGCAUUGCAAGGGCAGGUUUCGGCGGCUGGCUACUCUAUCGAGUUCCUCCAGCUGGAGUGAUGCACAGCCUCCCUCUCGGAAGGUGUCUACCUUUGUGGUUGUUCGUGCGAGUCUGGCUUUCGUCAACGUUCUUAGUUCCCUCUUGUUAUGAGCGAGCAUAUUGGUUCGGAGUCGCUGUUUAUUCCAGCCUCGGCGUUUCACUUGUUAACCUGCCAGUACACAGCGCCAGCCUUGCUGAAAAAGAAAUUCCGAAUUCGUCACCUACGAGAAUUUCGGAGGUUCGGCCUACUGGACCACAAUGGCUGGCGGCGCCAGCCAAAAAAGAAAAGGAGUGUGCGGCUGGGGGUUCGGAAAAGCUUGGCGCGCAGUAAGGUACCUGCAGGCCCGGGUGUACUGGUGGUUUAAUCUCCUCACUUACCUCGCCACCGUAACCUGGGUCCAUUCCGUUCCGCCUCUCCUCUCACUUGACCUACCCCUCUAUCUGCUGAAUUGUCCCUGUACUUGUUCUCUUGAGGCAUCCUGGCAUGAUCAGGUUUGCCUAGCGGUAGCGUCGACAUGGAGUGAAGACUCUCGUCUGCAUGAGCCUGGUGGUGUCCUCUGCGUGUAUCCGUUGCAUGGGGAGCUAUCGUGGUUCGCCUCAGUUUUUGACCUGUAGAGAUUGAGUCAAUCGAAGAGUAUUUCUUUGUAUAACGAAAUCCAUGGGGGGAUGUUUCGAUAAUUGUUGAUGGGAAAAGUGCAAUUUGUUUAGCAUGUAUCGUUCCUGCCUUUUUGCAAGGCGAC